UGGCUUGCUCAAGACUCUCGGGAUCGAAGACACAGCUCUAAGGUAAUUAUGAAGUUGAUCAACUCUACUGAUGACCUGAUCAAUACUUCUACUUUAGUAAGAAAUAGCACUCACUUUUCAGCUUCUGCCUCAGACAUGAUUAUUGCCCUUUCUUUGUUCAUGUCAUCUAUAGUCGGUACCAUCACCAACGGCCUCUAUCUAUGGGUGCUAAAAUUCAAGAUGAAAAAGACAGUCAAUACCCUCUUGUUUUUUCAUCUCAUUUUCUCAUAUUUUAUUUCAAUAUUGACUCUGCCAUUUUUGGGCAUCUACUAUCUUCAGGACCAUUACUGGAUCUUUGGAACAGCAUUGUGUAAGAUCUUCAAUAGCACUUUGUCUCUGGGGAUGUCCGCCUCUGUUUUCUUCCUCUCUGUCAUCAGUCUGGAUCGUUAUCUUCUCACUCUUCACCCAGUGUGGUCCCAGAAGCACCGAAACCCACGCUUUGCUUCCAACAUUAUCCUGGGAGUCUGGAUAUCUGCUACUGUCCUCAGCUCACCCUAUUUGGUUUUCAGGGAGACACAUCAUGACCAUAAUGGAAAGGUGACCUGCAGAAAUAACUAUGCUGUGUCAGCUAACUGGGAAAGUGAAGAGAUGCAAACUUUAAGGCGACGGAUUCAUGCAACCUGUUUCAUCAGCCGCUUCUUGCUGGGCUUCCUUCUACCUUUCUUCAUUAUCAUCUUUUGUUACAAAAGAGUAGCCAGUAAGAUGAAAGAGAGGAGCCUGUUUAAAUCCAGAAAGCCCUUCAAAGUCAUGAUGACUGCUAUUAUCUCUUUCUUUGUGUGUUGGAUGCCCUACCAUAUACACCAGGGCUUAAUUCUCACUACGAACCAGUCACUCCUUUUAGACUUGAGUCUGGUAGUUACAGUGGUAACCAGUUCUUUCAACAGUGUCUUUUCUCCCACACUCUACCUAUUUAUUGGGGAGAAUUUCAAAAAGGUUUUCAAGAAGUCCAUUUUUGCUCUGUUUGAGUCAGCAUUCAGUGAUGAUUCUUCUGCAGGAAAGACGCAAAACCUAAAUUCGCAAGUUGAAAUUUAA